AAAAUCAGUUUUUGUAAUGCAAAGUACAUCAACUCAAAUGACGAGGGCACAAAGUGAAAAGAACAUUUGCCUUGCUCGAUUUGUUAUGAUGCGUUUUUAUGAUAAUAAUACUCAAGGAUUAUUUUUAAUGCCAACCUGCGACUUUCUUCUUUUUCAUCAUCAUCUUAGCGUCAAGAAUGGGUUGAGCUCAGUUUCAUUUGUGCAAAGUGACGAAGGAAAUAAUUA